UACACGCGAAGCGCUUGUGGGUAUUAUUUAGCGAUACAUACAUCUGAGGAAAUGGGAUUAAAGUUGAAAUGGUUCCGACGACGGAUUACAUUCGAAGGAAUUCCACCUGCUCCAGAACGUAACAUUAGAAAGAAGGAGCACAACACUGGUGUCCCUGUGGCUGGAGUUUACCGGCAGAGUUUGAACUUCGAGGACUACAUUGUAUCGAAUAGCUCCAUUCACUGGACGUCACCACCAAAUCAGCAAAGGGUUAGCCCAAUCAGAGAAUUAGACACGUCCCACAGCAGCUCUUCAGCGAUAGCUAACAAUCUACACGGGAACGAUAAGAUAACACCCUCUGGCAGAUGUAUUGAAACACCUCCGGAACCCUCAUACUCCCCGCCGAAGCCUCCAGCAAGAAGAGCGAAAUCUACACUAAACUUGAAGGCCACCGCAAAUGACACGGAACCAACAGCGCAGCGGUUAGAAGAGAAACGUUCUGAAGUGCCAAAUAAUGAUGCACGCCGAGUUCCGAUUUCCCCUGCACCUAGAACUACAGGAAUUAACUACAAUCAAUCUCAAUCUCCGGUGGAAACAAAUUCGUCUGACCCUCGGGAGAAUGGACAACCGGAGUUUGUCAAUGAUCGUGAACCGUCAAGUACUUUACAUCAGGACACUAAAUCGUUCGACGAUAUUUUUGAAAAAAAUCAAACCAAACCAACAACACACACUGUAGAUGUCAUCCCAAACAAUUACAUGGAACCUUUGAGCAGUACUCUGGGAGGAUCUAUCGAGAGUAUCUUCGAGCCGCGUCCAGAAGAAAUGGCAGUGUCGCUGGCCAACUUUGACACCAAUACAGUUCCGGAAACUGAGCGCAACAGUCCCGAAGCGAAGAGAUCCCCACUCAAAUCGAUCUUGAAAAAACGUGCACCUGUUCCUCCUCAACCACAGACCAUUUCCGUUGAGUCAAGCGUAGUUCCAACGCCUCCUCCCCGAUCCAUCCGGCGGAAGGAAUCCAAACUAACGACUGAUGAGGAAGACGAUGACGGUUAUUUGAACUGGAAUUUGGUGGAUCGCCAUCGAUCUAGUAUUAGCCAUACUGUGAGCGCAAAGAUCAAUCCGGAGAUCGUGAGAAACGUUCCUGCCAGUCUGCAAAUUGCAACACAACAAACAGCUCCAACCGCACAGUCAGGAGGUUUCUUAGACGAACCACCGAAAACGCUACGAGGAAUGCGAAAUCGACGCGUCAAUCAGCAACAACAGAAUACGUCGAGAAGUCUAACCCUAGAGGCUAGGGACAGUGUAUCGAACGCUUCCGAAGCGUCCGCAUAAUA